AUGCCAUUUACACCCGCAGAAACUUUUAAAUGUCCAAAAUGCAAUCAAAAUGUCUAUGCUGCUGAAGAAGUUGCUGCAGCUGGAAAAAAAUGGCACAAAAUGUGCUUCAAAUGUGGUCUUUGCAAAAAAAUGUUAGAAGCUAUGACAAUGGCUGUACAUGAAGGUGACAUUUUUUGCAAACAAUGUUACGGACGUAAAUUCGGACCCAAAGGUUAUGGUUUCGGACAAGGAGCUGGUACAUUAGGUAUGGAUACUGGUGAACAUUUAGGAAAUAAAAGUGGAUCUCAGAUGACCAAUAAACCAAACUAUGCUCCACCACCAGGUGCUGCUCAUCAUGACGAAUAA